CCUGUAAACAAAGCGGCUGUAGCAACACUGAACCAGUGUGUUCUUGUUUUUUCUGUUAUUUUCUGGCUCCUCUGUAGUGUUUUUAAAAAUGGCUCAGGGUGGAGUGGUUCUGGACAAGGACCAGUUUAACUGCUCCAUAUGCCUGGACGUGCUGAAAAACCCAGUGACCAUCCCCUGCGGACACAGCUACUGCUCGGACUGCAUCCAGAACUACUGGGACCAAGACGACUUUCUCGGGGUCUUCGUCUGCCCGCAGUGCCGACAGAGCUUUAGCCCGAGGCCGGUGCUUGCCAGGAACACCAUGCUCACCGAUGUGGUGGAGAAAUUCAAGACAACUACGCUCCUGGCUGCCUCGGUACCGAGGGAUAACCGAUGUCUGGCCAAAGCUGACGACGUGGAGUGUGACGUCUGCACCGGGAGGAAAAUAAAGGCUGUCAAGUCCUGCUUGGUGUGCCUGGCCUCCUACUGCGAUGUUCACCUCCAGCCUCACUACGAGUCCGCUGCCUUCAAGAAGCACAAGCUGGUUUCGGCCUCCAAGCGGCUCCAGGAGACGAUCUGUCCCCAGCACGACAAGCUGCUGGAAGUGUACUGUCGCACCGACAGGCGCUGCAUUUGCUACCUGUGUCUGACAGACGAGCACAAAGGACACGACACGGUGCUGGCCGAGGCAGAAACACAACACAUGAAGAUGCAGCUUAGUGACAUGAGGCAGAGCUCGCAGUUCAAGAUUCAGCAAAGAGAGAAAGAGGCACAAGAUCUGAGACAAGCUGUUUUUUCUCUCGCUCGUUCGGCACGGGCUGCUGCUGAAGAGAGCGACGCCAUUUUUACGGAGCUCAUUCGCCAGAUAGAGCUGAAGCGCUUUGAACUGAGAGAGCUCAUCAAAGAACAGGAAAAGACGGCCAUCGGUGAAGCCGAGCAGCUGCUGGACAAGAUCCAGAAGGAAAUUGCUGAACUGAAGAAGAACGAGGCCGAACUUGACCUCCUGUCCCACACUGAUGACCCCGUCCAGUUCCUCCAGAGUUGUCAGUCCCUUCAUGCCUCACCUACGCUGUCAGCUUCUCCUUUGCUCAACAUGAACCCGGGCCUCUCCUUCAGGCCCAGUGAUGACAGCGGUGUCCGACUUCAAGGGACUGCUGCAAGAAGUGUGCCAGGGAGGAUUUGUCAGCAUCUAUUGAAAGAUGUUACAAUCAUGAUGAUUCAGAAUCCUGAGUCCUCAGAGUCUCAGUGUGACUCUCCCCUCGCUGGUGAGGCUGGGGCAGCUGCACAGAUGGAGUCACCAAUAAUUCUGCCUCCCCUUAGUCUGGACCAACCAGCUGUCAGUCCUCUGAACCCGUUCUUUGCCCAGGGACCAUUUGCCUUCUCACCGUUUGACAUGAGUCAGGGCUUUCCCCUGGAACAAAACAAGCUUCAGGUUACUUUUAAAGGUCAUCUACUAUGGCCCAGCCUGGUGUGGGUCUACAUGGGACUGAUCUCUGCUUUCUUUACCUGGGAGGGCCUUCCCCAGGUGUGCCUUGCUGUGAUUGGAGGCUUCAUGGUGCAGCAGGAGAGUGCAAUGGCAGCCGCAACUAUCUCUGUAGAUCAAGACGAGUUUUGCUGUCCUGUGUGCCUAGAGGUUCUGCGAGAUCCCGUGACCAUCCCGUGUGGACACAGCUACUGUCUGGACUGCAUUGAGGAUUACUGGAACACAGCGAAGCAGAAAGACCAGUACAGCUGCCCCCAGUGCAGGCAGGUGUUCAAUCCCAAACCCCUGCUGAGCAGGAACACCGUUCUGGCCGAAGUGGUGGAAAAGUUUCUGAAAAGUGAAGUUCAGUCUGCGGCCCAGCACCUGGCGAAACCCGAGGAGGUGAAAUGCAGCGUCUGUAAGGGCAGGAAGAACAGAGCUGUGGAAUCCUGUCCCCAGUGCCUGGAGUCUUUCUGCCUGGCUCACCUGAAAGGACAUGAAGAGCGCUUUCACAGAAAAGGACACAAGCUGAUCCCAGCCACAGAUAGGCUGAAGGAGAAGCUGUGCCAACAGCACGAAAAGCUGCUGCGUCUGUACUGCCUCAAUGACCAGCAGUGUGUGUGCUCGCUGUGUGUUAAGGAGAGACACAAGGGCCACAACACGGUGCCGGUGGUGGAGGAGAGAAGCAAUCAGCAGAAAAAACUCAAAGAAACUUCUUUGAAGUCAGUACAGAAACUGAAGGAUGCAGAGAAGGAACUGAGAUACGCCAUAAGAUACAUGAAGCAUUCCACAGAGGCUGUGGUGGAGGAGAGUGAAAGGAUUUUCUCCAAGUUGAUUCGAUCCAUUGAGAAACAAAGCGGAGAGGUGAAGGAGAUGAUCAAAUCCCAGGAGAGACUGGUGGUUGGUCAGGCCGAGGAGAUGCUGGAGAAGAUCCAGAGGGAGUUGGCUGAGCACCGGAGGACCGAGGCUGAGCUGGAGAGGCUGUCUCGCACGGAGGACCACAUCCACUUCCUCCAGAAAUGCAAGUCUCUCCAUUUCCCUAUGAAGACUGUGGAGAUGCCCAACACGGAUGCCCUGACGUAUUUCAUGUAUAAAACAAUGAAAGACGGCCUGGGCGACCUGAAAGGAGGCCUGGAGGAAACACUUCAAAGGGAAUUCAGCAGAGUUUCUGAUAAAGUAUACUCGCUGAAGGAGAGCAUCAAUCCAAACAUCAGUGAAAAGACCAAAGCUAGAGACGCCGACAUUCCUUACACCACGGAACCGAGGAAAAGAACCGAUUUUCUCCAAUAUUACAACGACUUGACGUUGGACAUGAACACAGCCAACUCCUACCUGAGCGUCUCCGACAGCCGGAGGUCAGUGACAACCCGCUCAGAGCCGCAGCCCUACCCCGACCACCCGGACCGCUUCACCAGCUGGGCCCAGGUGUUGUGCAGAGCAGGGAUAGCGGGCCGAUGUUACUGGGAGGUGGAGUGGGCUGGGAGUGGGGGGGUCUCAGUUGGCAUCUGCUACAAGAACAUGAACAGGAUUGGAGGAGGGAGCGACUGCAAACUGGGCCAUAACUCUAAAUCCUGGAGCUUAGACUGCAUCAACACCACCUGCUCGUUCCAGCACAACAAGGAAAGCGUUGCCAUCGUGACUCCCUGUGGGAGCCGAAUAGGAGUGUAUCUGGAUUUCAGGGCUGGGACGCUAACGUUCUACAAUGUUUCUGAUUCAAUGAUUCUGCUCCACAAGGAGAAGACAACAUUCACCCAGCCAGUGUACCCGGUGUUUUGGGUCGGCUUGGGCUCUACACUGAAGGUGUGCUCUCUUUAAACUAGAAUCCUGCUUUAGUAGCACUUUAGAAGUUGUCUCGUAAAUAAUUAUAUAGAAAUAAAAGACAGAUUUAUGCUCUAGGUUCAGCUUUAUUAACCCCACAAGCUGUAAGCAGCAUCAACACUUUGGUAUUGAAGGUUAGAUCUUGUUGAAGGCAGCGACAUCUACACUCUGGACCUGCAGAGAAACACAGUUACAUAGGUUACAAAUGUAUUGAUAUGUACAUUUUAUUUAAGAGAAAUAAAGAUGAACUUAAAAGCA